ACGUGUAACCAACACGUGUGUCAUGGCGGUUACGGUACUCCGGCGGGAGAUUCAUAGAUUUUAAAAUAGCUGUCACAGUGAGCAUAGCUGAAGGAUUUCAGGCUACGGUUGCGCUUUUGAGUCACAUCCCUGAGCUGCAAAUGGAUUAUGACAUGAUAUUACCUGCCAUAGCUGGGGCGUCGGGGGUGUUUGCCGGAUUUGCUGUCAUAUACUCGAAGAUACGACCUCGGUGGCUUGUACCAGUUAACUGUUGGUUUUGCAAUAAGGACACAAAAGUUGAGUAUCGCCACAGUGAUGGCUGGAUGUGCCCUUCUUGCCAGCAAUAUAAUGGUUUUACAGAGGAAGGUGAUUAUAACAGAGAUAUUCCUGCCCAGUACUGUGAGAGCUUAAACCAGACUUAUCAGCGGAAAGACAGACAAGUGAAGAAUCAACCAAGUGCUCUUGGCAAUGGAUUUUGUCAGACUUGUAAUCUUAAUCAAACAUUAAAAGUACGAGCUUUAGCCGAGUACACGCCAAUUCACCCAGAAGAUUAUGACAAUGAAAUAGAUGAAUACAAGAAAAGACUGGAAAGAACAUAUGCACUGUGCCGUCAGUGUGAAGCUACAUUGCACCAGAUGCUGGGCAAGCAGGACUCAUGGCUGAAACCAAAACUGAUAUCUUGGAGGCUGAAACAAAGUGCUGAAAAUAAGACCCAAUUAUUAACUAAAAAUGUUGCUCUACCCAAGAUACCAUUUUACCUUUGUGUUGCUAGAAUUCUGGCUGCAUUGUUAUCCCUUGGCAUUCUUCUUUCAAAUAUUCACCAUCUUCAGCACCAUUCAGGAGUGCAGAUUGUCUCUCUGGACCUUGGGAUAAAUGGUGAAAUAUAUCUCGCACAGAUUAAUAAAUUUCAGUUACCAUUGGUUAUUCUUGGCCUUAUCAUGGUUCUCUUCGCAAUUUUUGGAGCUGGGAAAGAUAUCCUCCUGGUUUCAGAUGCCAUCACUAGUUUCAUCUGGGUUGGCUUACUAGCUCUGACGUCUUCUAAAAAACUUAUUUCUUCUGAAGAUUACAAUUCCAUGCAGGUAUGUUAUUCUUCUGAAGAUUACGAUUCCUUGCGGGUAUGUUUAAUACCAGAAUGUUGA